CAUUUUCUGGUGUCGGCUCUGGCCGGUCGUCUUUUGAUCGGCUGUUUACGUCUGUCGUGAGGGCUGCUGGGAAUUGUAGGCGCUGUGCAGCCGGAAGAUGGCGGAUGGAGCUGGGAAGUUGCAGGAGGAGGCGCUCAGGCGGAAGGAGCGGCUGAGGGCUUUGAGGGAACGGCAGCUACAGAACCGAAACCAAGAUGAAGGAGAGCCAGAGAAUAAACAGCUCAAAGAAGACGAGGAUACGGAUGAAGAAGUGAAGCACCGAGAAUUAAAACUCCGCAACUAUGUCCCAGAAGAUAAAGAACUGAAACAACGACAGGUGCCCAAUGCCAAGCCAGCUUCAGUGGAGGAUAAAGUGAAGGAUCAACUCGAAGCAGGGAAGCCUGAGCCAAUCAUUGAAGAAGUGGACUUGGUGAACCUUGCUCCCAGGAAGCCAGACUGGGAUCUGAAGAGGGAUGUAGCUAAGAAACUGGAAAAACUGGAGAAGAGGACACAGAGAGCAAUAGCAGAACUAAUCCGCGAGAAGCUAAAAGGUAAUGAAGAUGAUCUGGCAUCUGCAGUUGGAGCUGUGAAGCAGGAAGAUUAUGACUCUGAGUGAUUCAGAUUUUCGUAUGAAAAUGGAGGUGUGGGGGAGUCCAAACGCACAGCAGCUGACUUCAUGGAAUGAGAACAUUGUAAUGGUACUCACUGAGUGAUCACAGUGAAGAGGAAAGAGAUUGUUCAGCCUUUUUUUCCCAAGAAGAUUCUGCAGUUGUCUUUCCAGUGAUUGUCCAGGCUCUACCAGCUUACCUGAAACUCAAUUAAACUUGUUGCUGCAUGAAGAACUUACUGAAAUCAGUUCUAAAUUUACUUCUCCUAUUGUUACAGUUUAUUUUGAUAUGGCCCAGGAUUUACUUUUUCUGUACCAUUUACUAAUAUCUACACUUCCCUGCAUCACUCUCGGUUUCUUACUUUCUAGGUCAAAGCGUCAAUUGUUUUUCUUGCUGCUCAAUCCAUCUGACAUAAGAAGUCAACCUUUUAGCCUCUUCUCUACACUGAUUUCAGAGUUUGGAUGAUUCUUCGUGUUUUGCUGACCACAGCUGGAAACAGCAGCCAGUGCGAUCUAUCUCGAACACUGUGCAGUUAUCCACAAACAACUGUUCACUUUGGAGUCCUGAGUUCUUUUCCUGUGUUUUCUCCAGAUUUUCAUUAUUGUUAAUGUUGGUUUAAGAGGAAAAGCUUUCCUACACCUGCAGUAUAAUUUACAUGUCUCUUAGAGACCAUAAAUAUCUCCUUAUGAUCAUGGAUACUUAUAAGCUCAUUUGAUCCUGGAGGAAAUCUAAUCAAAUUGAUGUUAAUUGGAGGGUUUAGGAGAAUGGGAGCCGUGAGGUUUUACAGAGCCUUCAGGAUCUGAGAGUUGAAGCCUGUAACGUUAAAACCCAUUGAAAUUAUAGAAUGGAAUUUAUGUAAGUAGCUACAGACUCACAACUUGAGCUCACGAACAAACUUUGUAGCUUUUAAAAAUUCUCAAUCUGCAAACAAACAAAAAACAUACAUAAUUUGCUGAAUGUUAUGGAGAUGCUGUGCAGUAUCUGAACGAGGAAAGGCAAGUGAAUAUUUCCAGCAUCGGCAGUUCCUACUAUCUCUGAAUAUUUCUGAUAGAAUUCGUACCUGCAGUUUUUCUUUUAAAAAGAAUUUCUUCUUGAGUUUCAGUCCUGCAUGUGUCAGUGUGGUGUAUCCCUUUCUGGAUAUCGAUGAAGAUUGUAGAUCUUUUUCAUGUGUAGGUGUUUGUGUUCCUCUGUGUAGGCUUGUAAGUGUCUGCCUUCUUGCCUGUGUAUGAGGGAUGCAUCCACAUCUCCAUCUGUUUGAGUGGGGCAUGUCCACCUCUGUCAGUGACUGGUGUCACCACUUAGAGUUGGGAUUUCACGAAACAGACUUUUACCCCCUUGUUAACUGGUUAUUCUUUCUGCUCUGCAUUGUUUUGGACAGCCUUUUCUGUAUAUUUUAUAUGAAAUGAUGUACCAAUUUAUAAUAAAACAAACUACAAAACAAAA